UUUGCCUCCGUAUAUUUUGCCUCCAUUCCAAUUUUUGGCUCCAAUUUUUGGCUCCAUUUAUUUGUGUUUUGGCUCUUAAUCUUUUGGCCCAAAACACUUAGUAAAUAAAGGACGCUCUCCACCCUUCCAAAACACAACACUUAGACAAAAAAAAAAAAACUUUACUCUCUUGACUCUACUCCGACUAUCGGACGACACUCGAAGUCACUGUCUCGAGCUCUCUCUGAUCAGAACCAGCAUGGCUCAAAGCGGACCAUCGGAUAAUCGGCGUCGCCAACGCCCACCAGAGUUAAACCUUCCCGAUAUGCAACAAAGAAGAAUACCAACCUCAGUUGCAUCUGCAGGGUUUGUCAUGCCUCCUACGAGUGGGUCUUCUGGUCAUUCCAUGCCACCAGGAGCUGUUGGGUCUUCAACUCGAGACCGUCCACCUGUUAACAACGACAACCAUCUAACAGAACAAGCACUCUUACGCUCUGCAGCUAGAGAGCAUCAGCCUCACCUACAUCCAAAGAAAGUCAACGGUGCUUUGUGGUUUGGAGUGGACCCUAGUGUUCAUAAAUUCAUCCGAACAACUUGGCAAGCUUACUACUGGGGGCCAUGGCCUAGCUGGAAGUUUGUUCCAGAGGAGAGGAGAACAAGUUGGUGGCACACUUUCAUUCAAAACUAUUACUGGGAAGAGAAGCACCAUGAUGAAGUGUACAACCGCUGGAAGAUUCACACACAGCAUACUGUAUGUCAGAAAAUCAGCAGGAAGAAGAGAGAUAACGAGAAGCCAAAGUACAUCAGUGAGGAGGACUGGUCUAUCCUCCCAGCCAAUUGGGCAACUCAAAAAGCUAAGGAUAAGAGCACAAAGGCUGCUAAGUCACGCACUUCAGCUCCUCCUGGCAAGAAGAUGUCUAAGCACUCUGCUGGACCAAAUAACUUUGCUAAGCUUGAGUACGAUAUGAUGGUUGAGGGUGGAUUGGACGAGCCACCAUCUUUCAUUGACCUUGUGUGCAAGACACACACUCGCAAGGAUGGUUCAUUCAUUGAUGAACGUGCUGAGGCUCUUGUCUUAGCGGUGGAGGAAGCUGUGGACUCUAUGAUACUCGAUGAGGACUCUCCUAAUGGUGCCAGCCCAACUGCUUCAACUGCUACAACUGCUCCUUCAAGGCGGUUCCUCCUUGAUCAAGAAUUUCUCAAGCUUGCUAAGACAAGCAAAGGGAGUGUAUAUGGGAUUGGUAGUGUCCAGUUCAGAGACUAUGAACCACCUCAGUCAGUCCCAGCAUCUCUUAAACGCAGCUUAGACAUGGACUUGCGCGUCUCUGGAAUAGAGACAAAUGCUGAACAUGUGCAGACCGCUGUGGAACUUCUCAAGACUGAUGUGACAACUCUCAAAGGAGAUUUUUUAGCCUUCAAGACUGAGUUCCAGCAGGAGAUGGCUGCAACAAGAAGCUCCCUUAAUGUCAUUCUACAGGCUCUUGGUGCUCUUGGUGCUGUUUCUCCUCAAGUGAACCAACCUGACAAUGCCUCAACUCCUUAGGCUUCUUGCUUAAGCUGAUCUCUUUUAGCUUUCAUAACAACUAUGUAACAAGGAUGCUACGAGUUUUUUUUGUAACGUAACGAUCCUUUUGUAACAACUAUGUAACAAGGAUGCCACCUAGUGUUUUGGUAAUGUAAGAUCCUUUUGUAACAACUUUAAUUAUCAAAAAUCGGUUGUAGUGUUUUGUUAAACAUUUUCCAUUGUAAUAUAUUUUAAUUAGGUUUAAAAUUAUCAUAUUAAGUUUUUUUUUAACAAAAAAAUGAAUUUAGUCACGUUUAUAAAAUGAUCAAAUCGUGUCUAAGUAGUCACACAAUAAACAAAGACAUAGUCGUGACCAACCCUAUCCACGUUAAUGUCACACUUAUAAUCGUGACAUAGUGUCACGGAAACGACACGAAGCCAUCGUGACAAAAUAGACACGAAUGCAUUCGUGUUAUAUCGUGACUGUGUUUGUCACGAAACCAUACCGUGUCUAAACAGUGACUAUUUUAGUCACGAACUGUCACCGUAAAUUUUGGUCACGAUCGUAUAGACACGAAAAUUUUUCGUGACUUUUCGUGUGUAUUUCGUCUUAUAGUCACGAAAUAAUAGCUGUAGCCACGAAAUGUUCCGUGUGUAUAUCACAAUUUUCUACUAGUGAUUUAGCACUUAUCUUUUGGUUGAGUCUCAAAAUUUACAGCAUAAAUAAUAAGGGUCGGAAAAGGCAGUUUCUCAUUCUUUAUCACAUUUCAAUAAAAUGAUGUAGUAUACUGCAAGCUAAAGAGGGUUAAUGAUCGAUACAAAAAGUCAAAACUACAUCAUCAUAAUUUAGUUGUUUCCACUGGAUGAAGAGUCGUCAUGUUGGUCAGGACGGGAACCAUUCAUCUCCAGUGUAAAAUUACUAACUCAUCAUCUGGUUAGGUGGCAUGGAUUUCUAAUUCCCACGUACAGCCAUUGGGAUUUUAUGUCACCGGGGAAUAGGUAUCCCAUAUCCAAGAGAUUAGUCGGUUGAGUCUCGAUCCGUCGGACACCUUUGGAUAAUCAAAAAAAAAAAAUUGAUAGAAGAGUUAAAAGUAAUAAGUGGCAAAGAUCAGAUAAGAUAUCGUGGAGAUAGAGGUAGUAGAACGAGACUUUGGUUUUCACUCUUCAGUGUGCUUUUGUAUUUGUGUUAAUACGUAAUAGCUGGUGCUCUUUGCAUACACACACGUAUGAUCAGCUUUUGUUCCCAUCUCCUUGAGCCUACGUUUCUCUUCUUUCUCCCUUUUUUGUUUGUUUGUUUUUGGUUUACUCGCAAAAAAAAAAAGGUUUUGGUUUACUCGCUAAAAUGGGACGUAUUCGGUUCUUUACAAAAAAAUGAAACAAAUUUGAAUUUCUAUAUGUAAUAUGUAUUGUUAUUAUCCAUAUCAAAUCGAUAAAGGAUAGGAUGUUGUGGAUUCGAGUGAGAUCCUAUGAACUCUAAUCGUUAAAGACAGAUUAAGAAAUCGAGACAAAUUUGCACGUUUACAGGUUAACUUCACGCAAUAUGAUAAAAUUAUAACUUCAUCUCCACUGAAGAUGUAAAUAUAUUCAUUGGUUUUACCUAUACAUGAAAAUAACAUUCAAAUACAAAAUAUUUAUGCGAUCUGAUGAAUGAUUGAUUUAUGUUUCUGCUGACCAUUAGCUACUUCCCGAUAUUCGCACCAAUGAGUCCAUUUAAAAAAAUUUAUACACAUCGAAAAUUUUACACGUAUGUUAAAAAAUUGAGUGAGUUACCAUUUAGGACACUUUAUUCAUUUUUUUGACAGUUUAAGACACUUGUUGCUGGAGGGAUACUUUUUCUCUUACUUAUGCUGAUUUCAGACUAAAUUGCCCCUGGUCGAAGUGAGACAAGAAACAAGUUGGUGUUAGUGAGGACCACUUAUAUUGUCUUGUUAGUGAGAACGUUUGUUUCUGGUCAGAAAACAUAAAAAAGAACUUAGUUAGAUAUUAUUAUUUUAUGUCAUUACUUUUCAUCUUCUUGUUUUAUAUUAGUUUUUUUAAAAGUUUUGAUAUAUUAAAAAAAUUUAAUUGUUACAAUAAAUUUUAGAUUUUUUUCCUCUAUAUUUUAAGAUCCACUAUCAUAUAUAUAUUUUAUAUAUUUAACAUUUAUACAAAAUAAAUAUGUGGACAUGGAUGAAAAAGUGUGAAAGAAUAAAAUAUGAAAGAGAUGUAGAUUCACAACGUUAAAUGUUUAGUGCUUCGUAAAUUUAUCACAGACAGCCGAGUUAGCACCUAUAAUAAGCAAAAAAAUGAGCUCAUGAUAAAUACUAAUGUCGUGGAUAUGGACGGAAAACUACGAACAUUGACAAAAAAAUUAUAUCUUUUAACAUCCAUUUUCAAUUUUACAUAUAUUAACAUUUACACAAAAUGUUUAGACAUUGACAUAAUAAAUAUGUAUGAAAAAUGUGGACAUGGCUAAGAAGACAUAUUUCUUAAAAUGUGGACAUGGACUAAAUCUGUGGACAAAAAUUCAAGGACAAAAUCUGUAUAGGGUAAAAGGUCAUUUAUUCCUUCAAAGCUAAACUGAAUCCAAUCAAGACGCAAGGUAAUAGAGAGACUCGUUGACGGGAGAACCCUAAAACCAGACAAUCUGACAGAUCUCGGUGGAGGCUUCUCGGGAGUUCCCAAAUAAACAUGGAAUUGGGUAUCGUUUUGUGCUUUCGGUGAAAUUAGUGUUGAACUGGGAAAGUGAAUUUGAGUUGGGAGAGAAAACCAAAGAAAAUUGGAGAAAUUGCAGAGAUGGGGAUUGGAGAAUCAAACAAGCGGCAUGCCCUCUUCCUUCUCCGAUCUUCUCCGAUAAUUGAAGGUAUGGAAGCGUCGUGAGAUUAAGGUUAGGAAAAUGAUAAUUGAUGGAAAAGAGAAAGUAGAUCUGAGAAUCAUAGUGGGAGAGAAAAAAAUAGAUGGACUUAGAAAUUUAGAAAUUUUUAUUAUUUUAUGACAAAAUAGAGUAAUUAGAAGAGGGUGUAGUUGAGUGGUAGGUAAGACAUUGCACAUGGACAAUGUGUGCCUCCAGCCACAAGUGUUUUAAUGUGUUAUUCCAAAGACAUAAUGUGUCUUGGAGUGUAAGAAAUUCUAAAAAAUUUCAUGCUGACAUAAGUUUGUAUGUAUAGUAUGCAAGAUAUAUGUACAGAAUUUGAUUAUUUAAUGAUGCAAUCAUUGUAGUUUCGAGUGACACUAAAUUGCAACUUUACACAUCAUCCUUUGUUAAAAGAAACAUUGAAUCAUUUAUAUAAUAAAGCGCAAGUCGUUUGACGAAUCAAAUAAUAACACGUACUAUUAUAACAUUAUAUUUCCUAUAUAUUAAAGGAAAAUCACUUUUAAAACUUAGCUUAAAAGUUUAUUAGCAAGGAAUGAGACGUGGUGACAUGGACGUUUUUAUUUAAUAAAACGCUUAGGUGUCACGCAUAAAACUUUUCUCACCAAAACUGUGAAUUUAAUGCAUUCACACAAAACAUUCCUUUAAAAGAACUUCAUACCAUCCAUACUUUUCUCGGCGAACACUUUUACGUGAUAAACCUUUAACUUCAAGUUCAAUUGGUUGAUUUAUCAAUCUUCUCAAUAUAAUCAUAGCAUCAAUAAAGAUUUAUUAUUCCUCUAUAUGUUUAUGUACGGUAACCCAUAUAAUCUAUCUCCAUUAAGUCGACAGAUCCGUAAAGACCACCGAACAAUGAAACUUUAGUAGGAUGCCAAGUAUUAAUGAAAGAACCCUUUUCUCCAUACCUGCUUUCAUGCAGUUAGCAGAUCACUCACGUUCUUGAGAACCGCCUCUCAUUACUGAAAGAGGACGUUGAUAAUAUAUUUCUAGAUAAAUGUGUUUUACUCGGUUUUGUUACUGCUCGAUGAGGUGAUCUCUGUUUCGAGGAGACUGAAUCACUGUAAAUCGUCUCGGCUUAGUGUAUUAGUCUUCUCGAGCAAGCAAUAUAAGAAUGCGAGUGUCACCACCUUCGCCGCCAUGAGAGCUCUGCAUUUGACGACCUUAAAGAUGAGAAAAAACUUCCAGGAACGAACCACAAGUUUCACGUGGUGGUCGCAUCUGGAACAACCUUUACAAUUUAGAGGGUCAAAUAAUCUUCAAUUUCUUUAUUAUACAACUAUGUUUUCUGAAUUUAAAGGAACUAUACUUUUUCACACAGUUAUUAUUUUGCUUAUAAUAUGUUAUUGAUCCACUUUUUCGAUUUUAUUUGUUAAACCCCUAAGUCCAUAACUACUCCAACGUGAUAGGCGAAAUAUAAAAAAAAAUUCCAAAGCUUCUUCUCAAACUUGCAAACACCAUAUAUUGAAUUUUAAUAUUAGUGAACCCAUUAUAAAAAGUUUCUAGCUUCGACUAUGAUAACUAUCAUACCUUUAGUUCUAUCUAACUAUCACUUAAAAAUUUAAAAUAUAUCUUAUGUUAUACAUAAUUAUAAUAUAUAAUUUCAACAUUAAUAUAGACAUUUUAUUCCGCGCAAAGUGUGGAUUACUAUCUAGUUUAAAAUAAUAAAACAAAGACAAUAGAGCAAAAAGUAAACACCUUCUUAAGGCUUAACAACCAAAUUACGUGUCAAUUUACAAUAUAAGUAAUUACUAAAUCAUAAUACUCCAACAGUUCUUUCCCACAUCUCGACUCCACGAUCACCAGUUACCAGCAAUCUCUAUAAAACUACCUUUAUUCCACCAUUUAUAUUUGUGUUAUUCUACGUUCGUGUAAUAAUUUAUGUCCAACGCAGGAAAAGAACAUUUUCUCUCUUACUCAAAUCCACAAAUAUUCCAACGUCUCCAUGCAAGGUUUCUAUUUGGCAUUGGUAGUAAUAUCAUACCCACUUAUUUUUUCUUGCUCAAUUUCUCUGUAUCUCACUCUUUUUUAACUACUUCCGCUACAUCAAACCUCGCUCUCUCACAUGUCAGGUUUCUCUUUGGGAAACUUAUGGUUGUAUCUCAUUUUUAUACGAGACAGAGGAGGCCAUAGAAUAUCAAGGUACUAUGUAAAUAUACACAUCUGCAUGACUGCAUCCAACAGAAACAGAACCAGAGGCAGUGGUGCAUGUGGUGGGGAGGGGGGUCAGUUGACCCACAUGACUUCUACAAAUAAAUAAUUUUGGCUGGAACAUUUGGUUACGAUCCUUUAGCUUGACCCCCAUGACACUAGUUCAAACCUUUACUUUGACCCAUCUUAAAAUAAUUUUAGUAAUAUUACAUAAUUAUUUUAAUAAAUGACUCCUAUGAUGAUGUGAUGCAGCUUUCAAAAUUUGUGGAAAGACACCCAAAAAGUCUAACAUUCUACUUGGGAAAAAGAGUGUGUCAACAACUUUGAUGAGGCAAAUUGGAUAUUUACAAAUCUUUUUGUCUAUAACAGAGCAUAUUCGUCUAAAAAAGUAAGACUGGCAUAUACAAAAUUGUAUAUAUGAAAGAAAAAUUGUAAAUAUGUGUUAUUUUCAUUGUUUUUAAUUUUCAGUCUAUCGAAUCUAAGAACAUUUUAUCUUUAAAAAAGAUUCAAUUAAAAAAAUACAAAAAAACUGUGACGUAUCAAAAAUAUACGUAACUAUAAUUUAUGUGUUCUUAUAUAUAUAUAUAUAUAUAUAUAUAUAUAUAUAUAUAUUAACAUAUGUUUGAAAACUGCUUAUAUACAUGCAUCUGUUCUUUUGGAAGAAAAUCAUAAUAAGUAUUUUAACAUUUUCAACUGUUUUUUUUAUUGGGGCCACUUCUAAUUUUGAUGUGAUGUGACUUAGCUAUAGAAAAUGUGACUAAAACGAUUUCUAUUUUGAUAAAACAAAAAUACAAAUUGUAAGUUUUUAAGAAAAAUGAUAGAUUAGAUGCAAACAAAUACUGAUCCGGGAUGAUAUACUAGUUUUAGUUAAUUUGCAAUUUGAUUUAAAAAAUCUAUCAAUAAAUAAUUUUUUUACAUAAUAUUCCCAAUCAACAUUAUGUUAUAUAAUACUAAAAACACGGCAUUUCAUAUUUUGUAAAAUACAUUGUCCGUUUGGUGGACAGUUGUUAUAAUAACCUUAAUGGGCCACCAUUUCAUGCCUCUUUAAUGCUAUUUAACCACGAGGUGGUGGGCUAGUGGUCUUGAGGGAGUUACGACCUCAAUACAGACCUGGUUUCAACACUACGUAUGGCCACCUGGACUAGCGUUAAAUUGCAAGAAUACGUGGAGUGCCGUGGGCCUCGUGGGACUAGUCAGUUGAUCUCGGUCACCGGAUCUCUAUGGUUAUAAAAAAAAAAAAUACAUUGUCUGUUUUUUUUUUUUUUUUUUUUUUUUUGUAACAUAUACAUUGUCUGUUUAUUAAUAGGUAAUAUAUGUCAAAAUCGGCAAAAAAAAAGGAUUGUUUAAUUAAGGAGGUCAAACUAGAAGUACACUGCAAUAUAUUUUCGAUCCAGAGCAGGCCAAAUUUGAUCCAUAUUCGUAGGGCUGGGAUUUUUAAAUAGUUCGGUAAGAAAAAAAAUUGGUCUUCAAUUUGGUUCGGCAAUCGGUUAGUAUAAUUUUUUUAAAAAAAUUCAAACAGUACCAGUUUAACAGAAAUUCCUAACCAAACUAACCAAAAUCUAAAUCAAAAUAACUGAACUAAACAAAAUCCAAACCAAAAUAACUCAAAUAACAAAAUGUUUUUAAUUUUUUUAAUUUAACCGAACUAACCGCAUAACCAAAAAUUUCGGUAAACUUUUUUGAAACCAAACUAACCAAAAACCUAACCGAAUCGUACUUUUUUGGUGAGAUUUCAACCGAUCCGAACUAACCGAAUUCCAAAGUAACCAGGUGGGGUAUUGGAUUUAGAAAUUUGAUAGAAUUAGAUGGAAUUAUAGUUUCCAUUAAAUUCCACUAUUAUUUAAUUAUUGAUUUCAUCAAUUCUUUUAAAUUCUUGUGUUAUUGGAUUAAGUAUUUGUAAUCAUUAUUUUAUUUACUUUAAAUUCUGUUGUUAUUUAAUAUUUGAUAGAUUUUGUAGUAAUGUUAUUUGAUAAGAAUUUAAUGGAAUAUAUCCUACAGAAAUGCAAAGAGCCAAUUCUUUGAUUCUAUGGAGAGAUUUCUUAUACUCGUGGGAAUAUGCAUUUCACGAACUCAUGUCCUACCAUUUUUCACUCUGUAUUUCAUGAAUUCACGUAAAAACAAAAGAAUUGAAAUAACAUAAUGUUUAGUUUGUGAUCAAAUACACAUUUCAAUUCGAUAAAAUAGUUUUUAGUCUAAUUUUUUUUUCUUUGAAAAAGGGCUUACUAUUGAAUGCAUUGAAAACAAAGAGUUGGCCCAGCUAUUAGCCGGCAUAUUGGGAUGACGCCCUACAUAAAGAAAUUGCAAACAAACCCAUAGUAAUAAGUCCAGCUCAAGAGCUGCAAUUUAAACCCUGAAUACUCUCUGGAACAACUAUGUUUCGAUUCGAACAUUGGAGAUAUUGAGGACAUUUUUUCUAAGGGCAUGAUUAUUGGAGGUCCUUGCUCUUGAGUCUUUAAUACACAUAUAUUUGUAUGUAUAUAUUAUAUAUGCAUAUAUAAUUGCGGGCUAAGGACUUUACGGAAACCCAAACUGAAAAUUUCUUAAUUAUAUAACUUUCGGUUUGGUUUGGGUUUAGGUUUCCGUAAAGUCCUUAGCCCGCAAUUAUAUACGCAUAUAUAAUAUAUACAUACAAAUUUAUGUAUAUUAAGGAUUCAAGAGUAAGGACCUCCAAUAAUCAUGCCCUAAAGCCUUGUUUUGUACAACUGAUGAUAAAACAAUAGCAAUAUGUUGUAUAAACUGUUUGUUACAGAAACAAUAUGUUCUCAUAAAUAUAUUUAAUAAAGUGAUCGGUAAAGUAGUAAAUGAUUCAUACAUAAAAUUAUUGUAUAAAUUUAGUAUAUGAUAUAUAAUUUAUUUGUUUUUAAAUAAUGUAGAUAUAGUUAUAUAAUAUAUAUAUUAAGUUUAUACUUUUAUUUACAAUAAAUAAGUCAUAUUUAAUUAUAUUUUAAAUGUAAAAUAUUAUUUGUAUAAAAAUUAAAUAUAUUAAAUUCUUUUUUCAAUUUUAAAAAUAUAUAUUUAAUUUUUGGAUACCAAUUUAAUUUUAUGAUAUUAUUAAAUAAAAAUAAUUAUUUUUUCAAAUAUUUUAUAUAUUAUAAAUGCAAAUGCUUUGCUGAAAGCUUCAUAUGAAAUCAUUGGAUAAAGAAUAUUUAGAGAGUAUUUGUAUCUUAUAAAUACUAAUUUAAAUGUUUUUUAAAAUAUUUGUUGAUUGGAUAAUAAAAAACAAAAUGUUUAUGCUAAUGGUCUACCAAUAAAAAAUUUAAAUCGCACGGCAAAGAAUCAUGUGUACAUAAUUAACUCUCUUUUUUUUGAGAAAUACUUUUUAUUUUAUUUUUUGAAACAUUUUAUUUUUUGAAAAAUACAUAAAUAACAUUUUGAAACGCCGUUAAUACUAUAAAAUCUAAAUUCUCGGUGAUCUCUCCCAAUCUCCCGUUGCUUCUUGGCUGACAAACCUCACUCUAAACCACUUUUGUUUUUAUGGGAUUCAGCUGUAGGCCGAGCAUUGCUUCUCAAUUUUUUUUUUUUUUUUUUGAGCAAAGCUUCUCAAUUUUUUCAAUACAUCAUUACAGUAGUCGGAAAGCAGCGCUCAAACUUAACAUAUUUCGCCCCAAAAAAAGCAGCGCCCAAAGAAUUAAUAGUGUUUUUUAAUUGGUGAAUUGUAGCCUUCCGGCAAAAAAGAGAUAAAGAACUAUCCAUAAUCUUAUUAUCCGCCUAUCUUCUCUAGAAGUGGUUCGUAAUACAAUGGUAGACCCAUAUAUUUAACCAGCAACUGUCUUGUACUAAAUGGGAAUCGAUAUGUGAUGUACAGGCUACUAUGAUCAUUGAGAUCUGCUAGAUAGAUCAUGUACUUCUUAACACUUAUUUUGAGUUUUGAUUCCUUGGCAUAAUCGUCGAACAUUUUUACUAUACUUUCUACAGAGUUUCUAUGUCCAUUAACACACAGAUGAGAUCAUGUGCAAAACAUAGCUGUUUCAAGUGAAUGUUUUUACUUAACCGGUUGAAAACAAUUUUCCGUUCUAUCACCGCUUUAUCUUCUUCUUUUUUAGAUCGAACCGCUUUAUCUACCAGUUUUAAUAAAACAUUCAUAUAUAUGGACGAUGAUGAGAUAAAUCGACAGUGAACAAUCUUGCUGUAGUCCUCGUUUUCUUUACGAAUAGCUUACAAGCUAUAUAUAUAUGUGUAUUUUUGUAGCAAAAUAUCUCUUAUAUAUUAAUUGAGAAACAUUACAACUUUUUUUGUAGUCACGUGUUAUCAUUAGAAUGAUUUUUAUAAUUCUUAGAGAAAUAUGUUGAUCCAUCUAAUUAUAUAAUAAACUUUUUUAUUAAACCAACCAUAAUUUCAUUAUUAAUAUUUUUUAUUAUUUUCUUAAAUAGAAGUUACGGAAUUGUCUAAUAUGGCUAAAGCAUAUAUGAAAUUAAUAAUUUUGAAUAACAAAGAUUUGAUAAAAUUAGUAUAUCUUGUAUCAUUUUCGUUUAGUUUUAAACUAUAAAAAAUAAAUUAAACAACCACAUUAACCAUAUAAUAAAAAUU